AAAGACCAGUAAUGACAACAUGAAAAAUGAGAGGGGCCAAUUACAGAAGGAAAAGGAAACGCUUCAGAAGAAACUGUCAGAAUUAGAGCAAGAAAAGAACACUUUCAGAUACAGUUUCUACUACACCUCUACUGAGAAGAAGAGCUGGAGUGCGAGCAGACAGUACUGCAGAGACAGAGGAGCAGACCUGGCGAUCAUAAAAAGCAGAGAAGAACAGGAGUUCAUCAAUAAAGUAUUUGGCAGCACUGAAGCUUGGAUUGGUCUGACGGACAGCCACACAGAGGGGGUCUGGAAAUGGGUGGACAACUCAGCUUUGACCACUAAGUUCUGGUUUGAGGGGGAACCCAAUGAUUAUGAAGGAAUUGAGGACUGUGCUGUAUCUCGCUAUAAAGGAGCUGGAUCUGAACGUGUAUCAACCUGGGCUGAUUAUCCCUGUAAUCACGAUACAAUUAUAUUUGUAGGAAUCUCAAAGACAGAAAACAGAGAAGAGACCCUUGAGAGGAGGCUGGAGCAACCAUGGGUGGGUGAGAGCCAGGUGGAGUGUGGUGGAGAUGGCGUCAUCUAUUGA